AUGGACUUGGAAGUGGUUUACGCAAUUCACCCAUUUGAAGCGGAAAAUGAUGAUGAGAUCUCUUUUGACCUGGGGGACCCCAUUACGGUUUUGGAAAAAGAUGACAUGUAUGGUGAUGGUUGGUGGCAGGGAAGGACCACAGAAGGGAAGGUUGGGCUUUUUCCUGUGAGUUACACGAGUCCUAACGGACCCGGCAUCGAUAAAGACGGAUCCUACAAUAACUUGACUAUGACCCCCACAAAUAUAUUGAAUUCGAAUGAUUCAGACUUGGAUAUGCCUUUGCCACCUUUCAGAAUGAAUUCGCCGUCGUCAAUUGAUGAAACCAUAGACGACAUACAAGAGAAGCUGCAAAAGAUGAGCGUAAGAAUGGAGGGGCAAUCUAAUCAAAUAAAAAUGGGACCAUACCAAUAUCCAUGGUCGCCAAAAAACGGUAGACAUAGUAAAUUGUUUUUUUCAUCUUCGGGAUCCAACAGCAGCCAUAGUAGUCGCAAGUCUUCACCGGGCGUGUUGGAAAAUUUGAAACGACCAGAGAGCGUAAAUAAUUUUGGCACACCAUCACCCACGAAAAUUGCUACCCCAAUGCCCGUUGCCCCUUCGCCUACUGAAUUAGUCAUGUCAUCCCCUACCGAGCUGGUUGCGUCAUCAUCUCCAGUUGGUAGCAAUACCGAGAAAUUUGAAGCUUAUCCAUUAAAUUGGGAUGUUCAACAAGUUUGUUCAUGGCUGGAAGAAAAGGGUUUUAAAAAUGAAAUACCAAAUUUUAUCGAAAAUGAUAUUACGGGUGAUGUUCUUCUCCAAUUAAGUUUAUCUACGCUUAAAGAAUUGAGUAUAGCUUCAUUUGGAAAACGGGUCCAUAUAAUGGAUGCAAUCAACUCAUUAAAAGCACAAUAUUCCAUAGUUGAACUUGGACUUGAUGACGAUGUAUCUGAUAUAGAAGAGCACAUUCAAAAGCAUUCCGAAUCGUAUCAGAUGUAUCCGCAAAAUUCGUAUUAUAACAGUUCGAUGGAUAACAAAGGUGGAAGUGUUACUUUCAUGACUCCAACCCCACCGCAUGUCAGAAUGGAGGAUCCUAAGAUCGAAUUUCUUGGAGGUGACGCUGAACUUCAAAAGAACAACACAAAUAAUUUCUAUGCUCAUGAAUCGACUCAAUCAAGGAAGAUAGAAGAUGCAAACGCCGAAUUGGCUUCCGAAAAAUCCACCAUUAAAAAAUCUCGUUCGAUUUUUUCAAGGCUGCAAUCAUUUACAAAGUCAAACAAAGACAAAAGAUCUUCUGAUACUUCAAAACAUAAGGCUCGAGCGGCAUCCACUAACGGCGGUUGGGAUUUUUUUGUGGACGAUGAAUAUAAUGGUCGUCAUGAGGAAAAGAGAAAAUAUCAUAAAUCAAAGAACAAAUCUGUCGGAGAUGAACCUUCACUAGGACUUGAACUUGAAAAAGAAGUCGGUUCGAUGUAUACUGUAAAGAAGAGACUUCCAUCGGAGAGAAAUAGCGUUAUUGAAAGUCGUCAUUCCGACUAUGAAAAUUUUCAAAAUUUGGAAACAAUUGACGACAUAACCGGCAUGAAUGAAGAAAUAAUGAGAGCAAUCGAGGAGCCAGAUUACGAAGGGUGGCUUAAAAAGCAAGGACUCAAAUAUAAAACGUGGAAUUCGCGUUAUUGUAUCCUAAAAGGCACCGAUCUCUAUUACUUCAAAACGGAUAAGGCUGUGAAUGGUCCAAAGGUUAAAGGUCACAUAGAUCUCGCAGGAUAUCGUAUAUAUCCUGAUGAGAAUUUAUUACACGGAAAAUAUGGAUUCAAGCUGGUACACGAUACGAUGCGAACGCAUUAUUUCGCGCACGAAGAUGUCGAGAAGAUGCGAGGUUGGAUGAAGGCCAUGAUGAAGGCUACCAUAUCGCGGGAUAAUAAAGCACCUGUAGUAAGCUCAAGCAUUAUUAAUACGGUACCACUCGCAGAAGCUCGCAAAAUGUCACCAAGACCACCACAACCUGGAAGAUCAUCGUUAACGCCUACGGCAGCCACAAAAGUCACAUCACCUAUUCUUAGAUCAACCUCUCCGUAUUUCUCAGGAACAACGUCUCCACCACCAUAUACGGUACCGUCAGUCUUGUCACCACCAUUAGAACCGAUAGUCGAAAACACCCCAAUCUCACCAAAGAUACGACCAUAUAAUAAUACCAAUAGGUCGAUUUCAACAGGGUUCUUCUAA